UGAAUAUUUUGGGAAAACCCGCAAAGCACUGAAGCCGUGAAGCGCGACAUGGCGAGGGAACACUGUAUUACAGAAUUUCCUUUCAUUCAGAGUAACAAUGAUCCAGUGUAAUAGUCAUUUCAUUACUAAAUACUGUCCAAAAUGAGCAUAUGUCAACCAAAAUGUGCUUUAAUGUGCUUUUUCAAUGUGCUUUACGUGAUUACAAGUACAAUAUUAAAAGCAUUUAAAUAAAUAUAAUAAUCAAGGAACCAAAAAAAAAAAACCCAGAAGAUUACAUAUUCAAUUUUUAAAUCCAGCUGGUACAUGGCCAUUUUUACGCUUCAACGUUGAGGAGCUUGGCCUACACGUAGUUUGCCUUUAUACUCCAGCGCAACCCACGCCCGCAGUUUUGAAAAUGUACUGCAGUUCACCCCCAAGUCGGGGGUGUUGCCAUGCCCUCUGGAGUUCCCACAUUUAUUUCCUCUUCUUCCAGAGCAUGAUGGAGCAAGGCCAGCAUAGGGAUGACCUUAGACCCGGACACACGCGUUUCCUCUGAUAACUCAAUUGUUGCAUCAUUGAACGGUGCCAGAACCUUUAAAGAAUCUGAAAUUAUGUUGAGAUGCUGGGAAGAAAGAGGAUCAAUGUCAGUAUUCAAGCCAGCCAGGGCUGCACCAACCAGUUCCCUUUCGUGAAAAAGUCUCUGGAGCAUAUUAAAUGUACUAUUCUAACGUGUCUCCACCUCCUGGAUCAGUUUGAGAACAGGCUGACCCAUUUGCAGUUGAACCUGCAAUAGUUUCUCCAAUUAGAGCAAAUUAUUCUUAUUUAUCCAUACCUGCCUGUUGAUAGCUGAGAUAGGCUCCAGCACUCCCGCGACCCUUGUGAGGAUAAGCGGCUCAGAAAAUUGAUGGAUGGAGGGAUGGAUAUACACAUUGAUGGAUGUGUGUGUGUGUGUGUGUGUGAGAGAGAGAGAGCGAGAGAGACAAAGAUGGCAAAAAAACAUGUUACCUUUGUAGUAGUGCUGCUUUUGAAAUAUCCAGCGAUGUUCCUGCUUUUGUCGCUUAUUUCUGAAAGUUCUUCAUUAGAAUUAAGUGUUUUUUUUUUGACAAUCAGAUUUAAUGAAUGUGCCACACAGAUGACAUGGCAAACUCCUUUCUUUAGCGCAUGCAUGCACCCAUAUUGGCAGCUCCAUCCGUGACUAGGCAGGUGUUGUUACUGAUGCCCCACUGUACAAGGUCUUUUUUUCCUCUGGCCAAAUUGAGCACAAGAGACACUUCACCUGUGGCAAACACACGCACGCACUAAAUAGUUUAUACUUUGUGAGCACUGAGCAGACAUUGUGCAAUUUGCUAAUUACUAUAUAAGACAAACCUUAUUGGGAGUGAUCAAGUUAAAGUACUCCCAAACAGGGGAAAACUUUCUUUUUGUCGCUUGUUCCAUCUUUUAAACACUCCCAAAUAACUAACCAAACACAAGAUGUGCGGGUCGACUCCAUUGCGUUUCACUGUGCCUUAUACUUCAAAUCACACGCAGUUCACGCGCCAAACCAGCAAACCACUUCCUGAAUCAGUGACGUGGUACGGUGCGUCAGGAAGGUUCGAACGUCAUCGCUUACGUCGUCAAACCACGCUCCGAACCACACUUGGACGCCUGGAUCUUUGCUGAUUACUCGACACACACUUCGAAGCCUCGACACAGGCCUUAACAUCACUGUCUUCUAGAACAAAUGGGCCGAGAUGACCAGAUGAUGCGUUUAAUUUUGCUGCAAAAUCGAUCGAGAAGGCAGCGGCGUAGAUGUAAACCUUAACUGGGAGUGACAAAUACACAACUUGGAGCGAGCACGCUUGGCUUCUUAUUUGAAAAACUGUCUUUCCCAUCAUUGGGGAGAGGACCAGGAGCCAGUUGAUAUGGUGGGGGAGACACAGCUUGAAGAACGCAGGUUCGUUCUUAUCGGAAAUACAGGAUCGGGCAAGAGUGCAUCUGGAAACACCAUCUUGGGCCAAACACAGUUCCUGUCAAAGCUCAGUGCCAGCUCAGUGACCCAGAAAUGUGAGUAUGGGAGCACUGAGCUUGCGGAGGAUCAUGACCAGAGGAGACUGAGAAGAGUUAAGGUGGUUGACAUGCCAGGCUUCGGAGAUACUCGCCUCAGUAUGGAGGAGAUUCAUACAGAAAUCGCUAAAUGUCUGUCUCUCUCUGCUCCUGGACCUCAUGCUUUUCUCUUGGUGGUGCCGAUCGGGCGUUAUACAAUUCAUGAGGACCAGGCUGUCAUCAAUCUGGCCAAAAUAUUUGGAGAGGAUGCUGUCAAAUACCACACAGUGGUUCUUUUUACCAGGGGGGAUGAGCUUGACAUGGGGAUUGAGGAAUACCUGAAAGAUUCUCCUGCUGGGCUUAAGAAUCUCAUUGACAAGUGUGGUGGAAGGUACCAUGUGUUCAACAAUAAUAAAAACAACAGGAAUGUAGCGCAGGUUAAAGAACUCAUAGAGAAGGUGGACAGGAUGGUGAAGCAGGCCGAAACUGGGUUUUUUACCAACGCAUGGUUUAAAGAGGCAGAGGCAGCCAUUAGGGAAGAGCAGAAAAAGAUGAUGAUGAAGCAGAGGCAGGAAAAAGAAGUAGCAACCAGUUGCGUAACAGAAGCUGAAUUUACUAAACAGAGGAAAUUGGAAUCAGAGGCUGACAAAAGAGAAAAUGAGAGAGAAGAUGAGGAAAGCCAGCAUAGUGGAAGCUGGAGUAUGUGGGUAAAGGCUGCUCUGUCUCCUAGAGUGCUGCGGUGGUUGAAGAUCAUAGUGGCUGGUGGCAUCACAGGCUUGGCAGUCGGAGUUGCCUUUGGCGUCGUUGUCCCCUUGACAGCUGCGGGCUCGGCAUUUGUUAUGGGGAAGGUUGUCGGCCUCGCUGCAGUUAACCUCACUGGAAUCUCGGCAGCUGGAGCCGUGGGUGUCGGGAACGCUGUGGGCGCCAUAGUUGCAGCCACCUCAGGAACGACAGCACUGGCUGUAGGGGCAGCUGUAGGUGGAGUUUUGGGCGGUUUGAUGGGAGUCAGUGCUGGUUUAGAGGCUGACAGUCCAAAUGAGGGUGCUUUGAAUGCUUUUAAGGAGGUUAGUAAUGUAGGAUUGGUUGCUGUUGGGGCUGCCGUAGUUGUGGGGGCUGCCCUGGGGACGGGGGCAGCCGUGAGUGCUGCAGUUGGGGCGCAAGGUGCGACAAGUGCUUCUGUAGCACACGCCCCGACCUCAGUUGGAGCUUUACCUGCAGAAACAGCCACUACUUUUAGUCCUACACCAGGGGUUGCUAUCGUUCAAGAUGCUGUACAAGCUCCUCCUAAUGCAGCAGCAACACAUCCUAUCCGAGAUGCAGUGAUUCCGAUAUUGAAAGCUGUAGGAGCGGGAGUCUCAGUCAGUAGUAUUGCAGUGAAAGUGGUCAGACGUAAAACCAAAGACUCAGAAAAUAAAUCUUUUAAGGUUACUUGGAACAAAUGAAUACAAACAGCAAGCCUCUGAUUUUCUCCAAAAUACAAAAUACACCAAAGACGCGGGCAGAAAUUCUAUUGAUUCCACACAUUGGAUUAAGCCUAUACAUACAAACACUAUGGUAUACUCUACUCUGUUAACUCAUGAUUUACAAGGGGGCGUUUACUUUUUCACACAGUGCCAGAUAACGUUUUUUGCCCCUUGAAUGAAUAAAAUGAUCAUUUAAGAACUGCAUUUUGUAUUUACCUGGGGUGUCUUUGUGAGAUGUUAAAAUUGACUUGAUUUUUCCCAAACAUUUAAGUGUGAUAAAUGUGCAAAAAAAAUUUGUUUUUUUAAAUCAGGAAGAGAGCAAAAGUAUUUCUAUAAUCAACUGAUCUAAUCAACUGUUGUGUCUUUAAGUAAAACCAGUCAGUUGUGCAAAAGAGGUUGGGGGCUGCUGUAUUGUGCUGAAAAAAUACAAUUGAUGUCAUUCAUUUAUUGACUUCAACUUGACUUUCAUCACGAGUGUCGACUACAAAAAAAUCUAGUCGUUCAAUGCCUUUGUUAUACAUAAUUAUCGAGUCAUCAUACGAGAUGUUUUUUUUUCUUAUACUGUAGAUGAUAGCACUUGAAAAGAAUCUUAGCAACAUAUUAUCACAGCGUAUUGUUGGCUUUUCCAUAUUUUAAUGAUUGUUUUAUAUGAGAUUGAAAAUGAACAUUGAAAUAUUGCAAAAUGUUUCAUUUGUAAAGUGACUGAUGCGGUCCUGCGAUAAUUUUGCACUGUCUCCAGUAAUUUUCUAGAUUGUUUAAAAAAACAAAAAAAAUUAAUAGGUUGUAUUUGCUAUAUUGUUUACAUUCAAGUUGUCUCCUUUUUGUGAUGAAUAAUGUAAUGCCAAAUGAAAAAUAUAUGUCCUUUUCAAGACAUCUGGUCCUCUGGUGUUCUCACAAUCAAUCUGAACUGCGCAAGCGCAAAUAUCUUUGAUAAAAAUAUUGAUGUUAUUAGGCUACACAUUAGAAGCAUUGUUUGUUUGUUUUUCUGAUUGAUUGUUGAUAUGGCCUUGAAAUAAAAUUGCAACUUCCUGAUUUAA